CUCAACAUAGCAUAAACGAAUUUGAUUUAGACUAAGAAAUUUCUAACCCAUUUAUAUAUGACCCCAAUAGGCCAAUACAAAUCUAAUCGGACCCGAUUUGAUUGAUUGCGGGCAUUUUGACUCGUUUCCUUACUCGGAUUAUUCCCCUCUCUAAAGAAAUUUGGAACCAUCACCCCAGCAUCUCUUUCUUAUGUUCCAGACGCGCUGAACUUGAAUUGCAGAAUAGGGAAACCGCCACCGGCGGAAAAAUAUAGUCAGUUGAGAACAAGUUCUAAGUAGAUGGAUAAAGCUCGAAAAGAAAGUAAGAAUAAGAUCAAGUUAAAAUUCGAGUGUAUGGAGGCAUAUUUUAUUCAAAAUGGAGGGAUUUUGUUAAAAAAACAUAUCGCUCUGAGCCAAGGUCGCGAUGUUGGAUCAGGACAGUUGAAACUUUUCUCAUACAAGGAUAUUGAGAAGGCUACAAAGAAUUUUCACCCUGAUCUUCUUGUUGGUUGCAGUAUUCAUAGAAAUGUUUAUGGAGCAACUUAUGAUGAUCGUACUGUAGUCGUUGGAGUCCCGUUGCAGCAAGAGCCAAAUCCCACAAUGACUGAUCGGAACUUAACUGAAGCCUCAAUUGCGAUGGUUAUGACUCAUGACAAUAUGCUGAAACUCUAUGGUUGUUGCCUUGAGAAUUGUAUACCCUUAUUGGUUUAUGAAUUUUUACCAAAUGGAAGCCUUUUUGAUCAUUUACAUGGUGAUCUUGCGUCUAGCAAUCGUAUGAAUUGGGCUGGCCGCUUGAGGGUAGCAACGGAUACUGCAUAUGCGUUAUCUUAUAUGCAUAAUGCCUUGCGAAAGCCACUAGUGCACAGGGGUGUGAACUCAGUAUGUGUACUUCUAGAUUAUUCGUUCCACGCAAAGUUAGGAAAUUUUGGCUAUUCAGUGUCCAUUACUCCAGGAGACACGUCUGAAAGAUGGUCUGUUCAAGGAACUCCGGGAUAUAUUGAUCCUGAGUAUAUCCAGACUCGUUUAGUGACCGAUAAGUGUGAUGUGUACAGCUUUGGGGUUUUGAUGUUGGAGUUGUUAACCGGAAAGAAUCCUAUUAGGAUGCUUAGAGACGGGAGAGACUUGGUUGAUGUGUUUGUUUCUGCUAUGGAGAAAAGUUGCGCGAUGAAGAUGAUUGCCAGCGAGAUAUUGGAGCAAGCAAGUACGGAUGAGAUUCAACAAAUUGCUAAGAUUGCAUUGACUUGUGUGGCCAAGAAAGGAGCUGAAAGACCAACUAUGAUUGAAGUUGUUAAGCAGCUACAACAGAUAUGAGGUUGAGAAGAUUUACGUUCACUGAUGGGAAACAAAUCGAUUCCAUGUUGCAAGGUAAGUGUUGUGAAUUGGCUUGAAACGACAGAUACCGGGUUGAAAAGAUUUACGCUCGAAAUUGGCUUGAAACGAUGGCUCAAACUCAAACAAAGAAAAUCAAGAUCAGGAGAAAGCAAAAGUUCGAAUCCAAGCAGGAAUAUUUUAUAAAAAUGGAGGUAGUUUCUGGAGAAACAAUUUUUAUUAAGCCAAGGGAAUAAUAUAGGAGGAAGGCAGCUGAAGAUUUUCGAGAAGGCUACAAACUACUAUGACCCUGAUUCCGUUGUUGGCAAUGACUCUCACAGCAUGGUCUAUAAAGCAACCAUCGAUGAUCAUAUUGUAGCUGUCAAAGUUCCCGUGCAGCUCGACUUUGAUCGCUGCUUAAGUGAGGCCUCUACGGCAGCUGUAAUGAAUCAUAACACUAUGGUAAAACUAUAUGGUUGUUGCCUCGAGACUUUUAUGCCAUUACAAGUGUAUUAAUUUAUACCAUAUGGGAGUCUCGAUCAUAAAUUACGUAGGGAUGUGAAUCUAUUAAGCGUGCUAAAUGGGUGCAUUGUUUGAGAGUCGAAACUGAUGUGGCUUAUUGGCUAUUUAUUAUGCACAGUGCCUUAUCAAAGCGGGUGCUGCACAAUGAUCUUGGAACAAUGAUCUGGAGAUGAUAUUCAAUAGAUUGUAUAGCUAGCAUCAGCUUGUAUUAGUAGCAAUUUUAAAGGAACAGAGUAGUAAUGGUUAGUAUCAGGUUUCUUCACAAUAUUGCAGCUCAUACUCUUUCUACCCCAUUGCAACUGCUAUAUAUUUCCCAAAAUGCUUAAAUGUUUUAAACUCAAUGAGAUAUGGGGAGAAUACAUUUCCCAUAGAAAUAAAGCAUAUGUACAAGCCAAACCCUUUUUUUCUUUUUCAGAUGUAGCUCAAUGUUAUUAAAUAGCUUCCAACUAAUCAGGUUUCGAUGGGAUCCGACUAUAAGCAACUAUACCCUUGUAUGACAAUUAGUUAAUUCUAAUCGACCUUUCAUUGCAAACAUUUGUUUUAAAUAAUAAGUGCUUACUUCCUAUGUCCUCGUGAUAUUGCCAUGACACACGUAGAAUUGCACAAAUAUUAAGAAAAUGAUGAGAUGCAUGCAUUAGAUCCUGGUUUGUCUUAUAGAAUUCUAAUCAUACAGGCUAUUUCAUUCAAGCUUGUGAACAUCAUUGAUUACUGAUAAAAAAAAUUACUGUGAUGUCCUGCAUAUAGCCUAUUUCACAACUUCAUUCAUGCUGUAUGCACCUGCAUAUAGCCUAUGUCCUGCAUUAGAUCAUGGUUUGUCUUUUAGGAGUUCUCCAACAACCGAGAAUUUUCCAUCAUAAUAAGAAACUCCGUGGCCAAACUUCUCCAUUCUUUGGACUCAUUGGGGGAUAUUGGCUUUUUGCUGGUCAAGAGCUCAACGAGGACAACUCCAAAGCUAUAAAAAUCACUUUUGUCGGUAAAUUGGUUUGAUUGAAAAUACUCGGGAUCUAAAUAACCGAAUGUCCCUUGAACUUGCGUAGUCAAAUGAGUCUGAUCGAUUGUUAUUGUCCUUGAAGUUCCAAAAUCUGAAACUUUCGCCCUAUAUUUCUCAUCCAAUAGUAUAUUAGACGACUUAAUAUCUCUGGUAAAUCGGAGUAGACGAUGAUGAAUGAAGGUAUGUAAUUGCUCCGGCUGAUUCUGCUGCAAUUUGCAAGCGCAUUUUCUAUGAAAUGUAGAAACUCGUCACUUCGGUCAUGGAUGUGCUGAGCCAGAGUUCCAUUUGGGAUGAACUCGUAAACAAGUAAAGGUACCUCGGUCUCCAAACAACACGCUAAUAACUUGACCACAUUCCUAUGGUUAAUUUGUGACAGGAUCACAACCUCGUUUAUGAAAGGCUCCAUUUGGCUUUCAUCAACCCUUUUAGAUUUCUUAACCGCGAUAAUCCUUCAAUCCGUCAGCAUACCUUUGUAGACUGUACCUUGACCGCCUUGCCCGAGUAUUCUGUUUUCAUGGAAAUGAUCAGUUGCUACCUCUAAUUCUUUGAUAUUUCUCCAUAACACCGUCAUUAUAAGACAUUUGCUGUCGUAACAGAAAACCACCAUUUAGCUUGAAGUUCUUAGCUCUUUGCAUAGUCUCCUUCCUUCUUUUCAAGAAUCGCCGCAACCU